GUGACGCUACCCUUUAUCAUCUAACCAAAAUCUUUUGGCUCCCUCUAUAUAAACUCUCAGGGUCCUCAAUUUUACAGCUAGAAUUGGUGACAAGUCCUUCUACUUAGUAGUAGCAUCAUUAAAAUUAAAAUGGGCAGAGGCCGGGCUCCUUGCUGCGCGAAAGUGGGCCUCAACAAGGGCUCUUGGACGCCGGAGGAGGAUAUGCGACUCAUCACCUAUAUUCACAAGUAUGGCCAUGGAAACUGGCGAGCUCUCCCAAGGCUUGCAGGUCUCCUGAGAUGUGGGAAGAGUUGCAGACUGAGGUGGAUCAAUUACCUCCGGCCUGAUAUAAAGCGCGGGAAUUUUACUGAAGAGGAGGAGGAUACCAUCAUCAAGCUUCACGGGGUGCUCGGAAACAAAUGGUCUAAGAUUGCGUCGUGCCUGCCGGGAAGAACUGAUAACGAGAUCAAGAACGUAUGGAAUACUCAUUUGAAGAAAAGAUUGACACCGAAGGAUAGAAAAUCUCAGCAGAAGCUCGAGGAAGAUCCAAGCUCUCCGUCGUCGGUUACUACCGCCUCUGUAUCGUGCUCGGACGAAGGCAGCAGCAAGACAGAUAAAGAGAGAGCCGAGACGACCGUCGAAGCUAAUAAUGAGUCGAUCGAGAUGAGGGAUCAAGAGACGAGCAAGGUGGAGAUACCCGUUGAGCCCAACUUGGACUUCUGGGACGUGUUUCAGGAUUGCUCUGUUUCCGAUGUGGGACUAAAAGAUGAAUACAGUCUAGCUGAUUUGCCCGAGAUUAUGAUCGAGCCUGAGAUUUUGAAUAUGAUCAAUGAUGACUUAGAUGUUGCAGCCAAUACUGCUGCUGCCGCAAAUGAUCAUCGGGAUCAUCAGGACGCUGAGAAAGAGAGCGAGAAUUGGCUGGCAUACUUGGAAAAAGAGCUAGAUUUGUGGGGAGAGAGUACUGCAACCACGAACGCUGACGUGGAGGGGGCAGAUCCAGUGGCAAGUUAUUUUCAAGCACUGCAAGAGCUUCACCUUCACCUUUAGAUCUAUUAUAUUGACUUGAGAUGUCCAUAUACAAAGUUUUUAAGAGAAAGGGAGAGAUUAGGUUAUAAAGUCAGCCGCACGGAGAUGUGCUUGCUAAAAGAUUAUACCGUGCUCGUAGUAUGGCAAGGGUCUUUGGAGAGGUGCUGGACAUUUUCCUAACUUCUCUCACCAAAAUCAGUCAAUGUUGGUUAGUAUAUACGUGUUAAUUAACACUAAUAUGCAAAAGUUUGACGGCGAAACUAUCGUAAAUCGUUGUCAUUAACCAUCGAGCAAUACUUGUUUGGUACCAGUUUUUGGUGCAUCUAGGAAUAUUUUAAUCCUGAUUAUGAUUGAAUGAGGGAUGUGGUGUUUGUUAAUGACUUUGUAAGAAAGAUAUAUUGAUUAAACUUGAACAAGUCUUUUUUUAGACAAGUAUUUGGGCAUUUGUCUUAGUUGAAA